UUUUUUUAAUUUUUUUGUUUUUUGGUUUUGUUUCUCAUGUUCAAUUUGUGUUGCAGAGAACAUCAAGAAAGUUUUGACUUUUGGAGAAGAAUACCGAAGAUCAUAAAGGGUGACCAUUUGGAAGAAUUAAUUAGCAAAGCCUAAGAAAAUAAAAUAAUAAUUAAAUGGGAUCUCCAACAAUAAAUGGUCAUCAUGAUCACUCGGAAAGUCCGACGCAAUCCCUGAUGGAUAGUCUUUUGGGACUUCUCAGAAUUCGAGUGAAGAGAGGUAUUAAUCUUGCUGUUCGUGACGUUCGAAGCAGCGAUCCUUACGUUGUUGUCCGAAUGGGAAAACAGAGAAUGAAGACUCGUGUUAUCAGAAAGGACAUAAAUCCGGAAUGGAACGAGGACUUGACACUUUCUGUUUCUGAUCCUAAACAUCCUGUUUCUCUGACAGUGUACGACCACGACACGUUCAGCAUGGAUGACAAGAUGGGAGAUGCGGAGUUUGAUAUUAGACCGUUCAUAGAAGGUAUGAAGAUGCAUCCAAACGGACUUCCAAACGGUACAAUUAUUACAAGAAUAUAUCCAUCGAGGUCCAAUUGUUUGUCCGAGGAAAGUUCCGUCGUUUGGAGAGACGGGAGAGUAAUGCAGGACAUGUGCCUCAGAUUGAAAAAUGUCGAAUGUGGAGAAAUCGAACUUCAACUCCAGUGGAUUGAUCUUCCUGGUUGCAAAGGUUUAUAGACUAUUUGACCAUGAUUAUAAUUUCUAGUAUAUCUUUUAUGAUAUGGAUUUUAUCUUUAUAUGCCAAUGAUGUUCGAUUUUUGUUUACAUUGCUCUUUUUUUGGUGACGGAGUCGGAGAGUUCGUCUGCAGGCUGAAGUUCGUUAGUUGAAAGUAUCUCAUGUUAUAUAAUUGUAUGAGGUUUUGUAGUUUAAUUUACAUAUGAGAAUGACAACUUCAUGUUAUUUGUUAUCGCUUGUGAAAAAAUGUAUACACAUUAUAUGCAAUAGAAUUUGUUUAAUAGUAAAAGUGUAAUAGAGAAUGUUGUUUCAAUCUCUCUAGUCAAUAUCGCGGUAUACAACGAUAUGAUUUCUAUGGAAACAAUAUAACUAGACAUAUGUAUCGAUUGUAAUCAGAUAUCGUUAAACAUCACUCGAUACCGCGAUAAGAUAAGAUAUCCGAUACGAUAAAAUAAUUUCGAUAUUUGUUUUGAGGGUUUUUGUGUAUUUUCAACACAUUUAGGGGUAAUUAGUUAGUACCACGUGCAAUGCACGUGAUUCUUAAUAUUUUAGUCAAUAAUUUACACUAUUUAAAAUUUAAUUGAUUAAAAUUGCACAUUA